AUGAAUAUUACAAGCCGCGGCUUAAAGUACAAUCCUGGAGUGCCCAUUUUCGGUAACAUAUUGCGCAGUACUUUUCUUAAGAGACAUCUUGUCGAGGACAUCGAUGCUAUUUAUAAGGAAUUUCCUAAUGAAAGGUAUGUCGGUUACAUCGAAGCUACAACGCCAGUGGUAUUGAUAAGAGAUCCCGAAAUAAUUAAACACGUGACUGUUAAAGAUUUCGAUCAUUUUGUAAAUCACAAAGAAUUCUUCCCCGUGGAAAUAGAACCGUUAUUUGGAGCCAGUCUACUGAUGAUGAAAGAUGACAAAUGGCGAGAUAUGCGCACCACUCUUAGUCCGGCUUUUACUGGAUCGAAAAUGCGCCAAAUGAUGCCGUUUAUGACAGAAAUAAGCAAUAACAUUAUUCAACAACUAAAAGGUCAUAUUUCGGAAGAUAUUGACGUACGCGAUUUAAUGCGACGGUACACAAAUGAUGUAAUUGCGUCUUCAGCUUUUGGUUUACAAGUCAACUCAGUAAAGGACAAGGAAAACGAUUUCUACAAAAUGGGACAAUCUCUGUUUGCGAUGACACCGUUACAGCAAUUAAAAUUCUUUAUUUCAAAUCAAUUUCCUUCACUUGCAAAGUUAAUAGGCAUUAAAAUAUUUGCCACAAAGUAUACGAAUUUCUUUGAUACAUUAGUGGCGACUACAAUGGAGCACAGAGAAAAGAAUAAGAUUGAACGGCCAGAUAUGAUACAGCUUUUAAUGCAAGCAUAUAAAGGUAAUUUAAAAACAGAAGAAAUAGAUAAAAGAGAUGACGUUAUCAUGGAUGUAGAAAAGCUUAAGCGCCAAGGGGAAGUAAGACAAUGGUCUCAAAGAGAGUUGGCGAGCCAAGUGUUUAUAUUCUUUAUAGCUGGAUUCGAAACAUCAGCCACAGCUUUGAUAAUGUGUGUACAUGAAUUAACAGUUAAUCCAAAAGUGCAAGAAAAGUUGUAUUUGGAGAUUAAAUCAUUUCAAGAAGAGCACGGAAUUAUUGCUUACGAGAAUAUCAAUGAAUUGAAAUAUUUGGACGGUGUAAUAAAUGAGACAUUGCGCAAGUGGGCACCUGCCUUAAUAAUGGACCGAACUUGUACGAAGGAAUAUGAAUUGCCACCCCCACAUGAAGGAGGAAAACCAUACACAUUAAAACCGGGUGAUGUGGUUUACAAUGUAGUAAACUCUAUUCAUUUGGAUCCAAAAUACUAUCCAGAACCUGAGAUGUUUAUACCAGAAAGAUUUUUGGAGGAGAGAAAACACGAAAUUAAGCCUUUCACAUUUAUGCCUUUCGGUAUAGGCCCUCGGAAUUGUAUUGGGUUAAGCUGUUCGUUCAGUAAAGAAAAUGCAAUAGAAAAACGGACCAUUAAAAAUUGUCGACAUUUGGCUGGGGAGCUG